AUGAAAAAGUCGUAAGAAAAUUUGUGAAAAUUCAAAUCCUGCAAAUUCUCAACGCAAAACAAAAUCUAUAAAAAAAAAAACUGCAAGAGAAAUUUAUUAAACAACUACUUAGUGCUCAUAGAGAAAAUAUAAUCAAAAAAAAAGUUAAUAGUUAAAAAAACGUUUAGCAAAAAAAUCCAGCGGCAAUAAAAUUUUUCGACAGCCGAAAAAUGCGACAAUGAAGAAGCUGUGCAAGCAAACUGCCGUACGAAAAUCUGAAAAGAAUUAUUCUAAUCACACAGAGAACCACCUGGGCAUAAAAAGUAAAAUAAAUCAUUGAGAAUUUAUGUAAAAUAAAAAAUUAAAUAAAGAACAAGUAAUUUUCAAGAAAAGCUUAAAAAUCAGUGUCGGAGAAAAGUCGGUUGCAUUUAAUAGAAGAAAAAAGUGAAACGUCAGAGCGUGUGUGAAAUGAAAAAAAUCGGUGUAAAGUGAAUUUGUACAAAACGCACAGCAAAUGCUUUAAAAAAUUUAGGAUAAGGUUAUCAAUUGUAAAAAAACGUGCGAAUUUAAACAAAAAUAAUCCAAGGAUAAACGAAUUUGGGAAAAAAAGCAGUACAAUUUAGUUAUUGGAAUUUUGCGAAAUAGCGCAACAGCCGCUUCGUUGUAAGAGAUAAUUAGCAUUGUGGUAAAAGGUGCGACGCCUGCUGCAGGACUGAAAUAGAUCCUUCAGCAUUUUCAAUUAAAACUCCUGGCGUUGUUUCGAAAUGCAAGUGCAUUAACAAAGUGCAUAAUAAAUACGACAAAUAUUUGGUGCCUAAAGGAUUUACUACGCGUUUAAGAUGCACACCAGCCGGUUUCGGUUUCUCAACGUUUUAUCGCUCACGUCCAAACCACCUAAGCACUUCCAGACACUUAAGGAGGUGUGUUGUAAGUGCUGCUGCUAAGCGGGCAAAGUUCAAUCGAACGGAUAUAGUGCGUCAACUGUUAUACGCAAAAAUAGAAUGUUUAGACCAAUCAAGAACUUAAUAAGUUACAUACAGAAAAAUGCUAGUGGCAGCGCGAUUUUUGGCAGCUCAACAGCAGUAGCUGACACAGAGACUGAAACACAAAGCGAGGUUGGCAUUGAAGCAACCAAAGAUAUACAACAAGAAAGUAAGGAAAUCGGUAGAACAGAGAAAGAAAUUGCAACAGAAGUAAGUCUGCCUCAAGAGAAGACACACUUACCUGAAACUGCUGACGAGCAAAUGCAGCAGGAGCAUAUAAAGCGCGGUGAAAGGAGUAAAAUGAAUGUUGCCAGCAAUGCCAAUAAGGCUCAGCCUACAGUGCAAGUGGUUAAUGGCAAAGAACCGAAUGGCAUUGCCACAUACGGUGUUGGCGACUGCGAUGUAGAAGAUGACAUCGAGAUGCAAAUUAAAAGUAGCGUAAUGCUACGGCCACCACUAAAACAAACCACUAGUGUGGUGGAAAAUCUAACCGAUGAAAUAGAUGACACCGAAUCGGAAGAUGUUUUAUCACAGGAUUCACAAAACGAAUACAAUGACGCAAUGGGCGCUGAUUCACAAGAUGAAUACGUAGAGUAUCCGCCAAUAUCUCUGCUCAGUGACGAUGGCACGUUCGGUGCGGGUGAAGAUACAGUUGAAGAGUUUAUCACAGAAGAAGAGGAUGCAGAUGAGUUGACAAGGGAUCGAGCGAAAAGAUUUGAGGACAGCGAAAUUAUCGUGCUUAGCGACGGUGAAAUAAACUGCUCCAUUGCGUCGGAUGCGCUAUCCGAAGAUCCCUUGGCCAUUGAUGACUUCACACAACCAUCGCUUUCGGGUAUUAAAGAUACAUCGAAUCCAUUGGAUUCCUCAACAAACGAUGAGGCUUCCACAAGCGGUGACCUCCUAUGGAUGAGUAUAGACGAAGUAAAGACAAACAAAACAAAACCAAAUGCAGAAAAAGACUUAAAAAGCGAGGCGGAUACACUUUCGUCGCAAAGCACAUCACAGCGACAGCUUAUCAUUACGACAGAGACCAAGGAGAAACGCAAUACCAACGUUACCGCCAGCGGCAGCAAUAAAAGCGCAGAAAAGCUUAAUACGCAACACGAUGAACAUGCAGAAGAGAUACGUAGUGAUGGCUCCGAUUCGGGUUUGGGCAGCGAAACAUCCACACUCCAGACUACACUAGCAGAUACCAGCCAUUUGACUGCGACCAGCGAUACUAGUGUUGCAAAUACGCCUACAUGCAACAAAACCAAAGCCACAACAAUUGCAAAUAAGGAGAGCACCACCAGUAAUGGCAGCAAUGUUACCUUGACGGAUGGCGUAACAAAAUCAUGCAGUGCUGUUGUGCCCGUGACUGUUAUAGCGGCUGCGCCAAGUUUUGGAGCCGUUAUGAAACCUUUACGUUCGAAUUUAAAGCGUCGGCUCGAGGACGACGAAGCCUUGAUUGACUCGCCACAGAAAACGCAACUGGCUACCACCAGCAGUAACCAAAUUAAAAAGCUUAAGCGCUCGAUCAACUUCGAAAAUGUGCAGGUAUACUAUUUUCCACGACAGCAGGGUUUCGGUUGUGUACCUUCGGCGGGCGGUUGUACGCUAGGCAUGGGAGCACGACAUAUUGGCUUCAAAACGCUCACACUCGCCGAACAUGCUGCCGAGCUGCGACGUGCGCAUCGCUUACAACUGCAAGAAAUCAACCCACGUGGCUCCUCAAGCGAUGACAGUGAAGAGUCCGAAGAGGAUUAUCUAAGUGAGGGUAGUGGCUCCGAUUUAGACGCCGAAUCCAAUGGCUUUCUGCAACCAGUAUCUCCCAAGCAGCGACGUGCAUUGCUCAAGGCGGCGGGUGUGCGUAAAAUCGAUGCCGCCGAGAAGAUUGAAUGCCGCGACAUACGAAACUCGCGUGAGAUUUGCGGCUGUGCGUGUGUAGAAUUCUGUGAUCCUGAGACUUGUGCCUGCAGUCAAGCGGGCAUCAAAUGCCAGGUCGAUCGCGCCAUGUUCCCAUGCGGUUGUACACGCGAUGCCUGUGGCAACACAGUGGGACGCGUCGAAUUCAAUCCAACUCGCGUACGCACACACUUCAUACACACAAUCAUGCGUUUGGAGAUGGAGAACCGCCAGCGACAGAAUCCACCACUUUGUGCUACUAUGAGCAGCUACACUUUGUCUGCAGCCUGUGCCACAUCUUCUGCCGUUGUGGGCCCACAUACCAGCGCCCUACCGCCUACGCCAUCAUACGCCAACACACUUCCCGGCAGUUAUUAUGCCAUGCAAACACAAUCAAAUUAUAGCUCGGGUUAUGCAUCACCCGCCUACCCCAGCGAACCAGCAGCCAAUUAUUAUCAGCAACAAAGCAGUACUAGCACUACUACACAUUACAGUACUGUCAGCACAAAUGAUUUGCAAACAAUUGCACAACAACAACAACAAAGCUAUCAAUUAGACACUCUUGACGGUGAUCUAUUUGCCAGCGCAGCGACCGCCACGCCAGUGGUGUACGGCGAAAUGAUGCCAGCUUAUAGCAGUGGUAUUGGCGGCGUUGCGGCGAGCACUGCCACUGUGAGCUCUUAUCAUCAGAAUAUUAACUAUUCAACGCAGGUCUCCACUUACUCCGCCUAUCAGCAAACAACGAACACCAGUGGCUAUCUAACACAGCCGAGCGCAAAAGCUACCGCACAGCCAACGCUGACACCGCCUACCACCUACAGUUCAUGCGCAGUACCAUCGUUGCCACCUUACGGCACAGCGACAACAACCGCAGCAGCAGCACAAUACCAAGAUACUAGCAGUUAUGCGCUCGUCGACACUACAGCGCCCAGCUGUAUUACCAUGGAAGAUAGCGGGGGAAGUGAUGCAGAGGAAGCCGAUGCUGGGGAAGAUAACUGCCCUGAUGCUAACAAUGGUACAACCAACGCCACCGCAACCAAUACUUCCUGCAACACAACUGCUAUCGGCGGCAGCAGCUUGCAAACCGGCAAUGAAAUUGAAUGGAAGAAACCCGAUAGCUGCGUCAAUGUCAACGAAAGCGGUAGUAGUGCAAAUGAAAGUGGCAGCAGUUUCAUCCAGCUCAGCACACCAAUUUCCAGUGUCACCCGACUCUCACAAAUCAACGAUCUACUAGAACAUAAUCGCCAUACCACCGCUACGCUCGUCUCGGUCUCGCAUACAACAUGUCUGAGUGCAAAUGGUAGCGGCAGCAGCACCACCACUACCACCAAUACGCUCAUUAGUAGCCGCAGCGUUACGACCGAUUGUGAUUACACCGACAGCAGCAGCAAUAGUAACAGUCAAGAUAAAUUGGGAAAAGAAGAAACCGAAACUGAAACUGAAAUUGAAAAUAAAAAUGAAAAUGAAAAGAAAAUAGAAAAUGUUGGGGAAACACCACUCACUGCAGCUGAAGUAAGCGCAGUUGAAACGAAGAAAAUUGUUGAGGAAAAAGAAAUAUCGAAGCUACAAGUGGAAGUUGCCGAAGUGGAAGUGACGUCUUCGACAAAAGUUGCAGAAGGCAGUGAUAAUGAAACAGUUACGUCUGAAACAAUUAAAAUUGUACAUGAUGUGCUUGAUAAAACCGUUAUAAACACUACGGGUGCUGUCACAAAUAUUGCGGAGAGUGAAGGUGAUGUGUUGAGCAAGCAUGAUAGCGUUGAUAGUUGCACACCGAUGACCGAAAGCAACGCUGCGAACACAACUACUAACAACACUACCACUACAACAAUUGAUAAGAAGCACAGGGUAUGUGAAAAGUAAUUGAAGAGGGGCCUAAACACAACAUAUUUAUAAAAAAAAAUAAAGAAAACACCUUACACACAUAAUAAAAAACUACGCACUCACACGCCUGCCCCCUCCUCUAUGCCAACGAGAAUUUGUACUGAAGCUACGCUUUCUACUCUCACCGCUGUUAGUAAUUUCUUAAGAGAAGACUAGAUUUUUUUUAUUAGCACAUAGAAGUAGUACGCGCAAAAACUGCGCAGUACAGAACAAAAAAAAAAAAAAUAAAAGCACACUUUUUUGGUAGAUUUUUGUGAAUGGAUUAAUGAAAAAAUUCUGCUAAAUCCAUUACUACAAAAAAGCGAAAAAAAAA